AUGAAUGUAAGCACAAGCCUCGCCCUUAGAAAACAGCUUAGCACAAAGCAGCAACAUUUGAAGAUAGAAGCCGCACUUGUGGGCGGCUACGUCAUUAGGACGCCAAAUGAAGCUGGAACUACCAAUCAGUUCAUCUACGUCUCAGCACCGACUGGAACUGAUGAAUGUCGCAUAGAAAUUGAGCUUUAUACCAAGGAUAAUCAGAAGGUUGAAGAGGUGCAAGCCGGUGUUUUUAAGUACAUCCAGAAUCGGAGAGAUCUUGAAUUGGCCUACCAACUCCGAGUGAAAGUUCUCCACAAUUCGAAGACGCUGUUUCAGAGGUCAGUGACGUCGAAGCCACUCGGUAUCCUUCCAUUCUAUACAUCUAAUAAUCGCAACUGGGAAAUCUCUUUUCAUUGCCUUCCAGUGAAGGAAUUUGUCGCCAACAUUGAGGCAACGGUGAAAAUUGUGGAAGGAAAUCCGGCUGUUCAAGUUCAUUUCUUCAAUACGGCACCAACCAUUUCAGAAAGCUACUGUUCUAUGGCGUUCCAUGUAACUCAGUCUCUGGGCGGCUCUUCAGUACAAAAGUCAACAAAUCGUCCGUGGGUGCAGUUCGACGACUUAGCACCAGCUUCUGUGUAUACAUAUAACAUUGUGGCUGUAGUAAUGUACGAUACGGUUCAUAUUUAUGAAAGAAUUUUGCCAGCAAUGGAAGCACGAACACCAGAAAUUUCUCUUGAUUUAUCCGUCGAGUUCGGCGAACAUUCGUCUGAAGCUUUGUGUAAUAAAAGUCGUUUGACACCCGAAAGCUUUUUGGUUUUAGUUGGUGAACGCUUCCAGUUGGAAAGUGCACAAGUGGAGAAUCACAAUUUGGAGCUUAGAUGGACAGGCACAACUGCUUGGAACAAGGUGAAAGUUUUGCUGGUCAAUGGGGGACGCACAGCAAAACACGAAUUUCUCGGCAAUUCAGGCAGGAUUGAUGGGCUUCAGUCCUGCUCAUCCUACGAGCUGCUAUUUGAGUUGUACGCGGGUACCAUCCUACUUGCCAUCUCUGACAAUUACAUCUUAUACACGGAAUAUCCAGAUCUUUCUAGUGUCGAAAACCUACAGGUCACGACAGAUGAACUCGGUCAACGUGUAUCUUGGAACCAGAAGACACAUGAACAGUGUCAACUCGAAUACGAAAUAUCGCGUUUAUCUGACGAACCCGAUGUGAAAACGAAGACGGUGCUUGUCAAAACAACCACACACACUUUUACAGAUCUGGUUCCUGGAGUACUUUAUUCUUAUAAAGUGCGCCUGAUGGCUAACCAGGUACCUGUCAAAAAAGUCCCCUUCCCGUCGAUUGUAAUUGAAGUGGCAAACAACCUCAAAUCUACUUCACAAUCUGUAAUAUUCACACCUCCGAGCGGUCUGGAAACAUGCCAAAUAAUCUACACCAUUAUCCGAAAAGGUUCAGAUGGUACAAAAAGAAUGAGUUUACCACAAACAGAACAGGAGAAUCUGCGAGCAGCUAGCGAGUACACGUACCAAAUCGAGGCUACCAAAACAUAUUCUGGAGGGAAAUCAUUCCGUGCUCUAUCGAACCUCCUGAGGUUGCGCACAAAUCCCGUCAUGGAAACUAUCACGUAUUCGGUUCGGAGACUCACUGAUACUUCCGCCGUUAUCAGCUGGAAUCCGCUGCCAGCUGGAAAUCAAGUGGAAUUGGCCAUUUUCCAGGAUGAUGCCACACAAGUGCACUUACUCAACGAACCUUAUUUCACAGUCACGGGAUUGAAAAUGUGCGACUUGCUGGUGGUCAAACUAAGUCUUCUUAACGGAAAUGAAAUCACGUAUGUCGCUCCGAUGAAGAAGUAUAUCCACAUACCAGACUUCCGAGCGUGUGGGACUAUACGGAUAACUCUCCAAAAAUUUUCCUGCAUAAAUUGGUGUCCGUCAGGUCUUCCCACUCUGCUCAUUCCUAUUCACAUUUGUGAUCGACCAGAAAAUGGGGUAAUAGAUAAAAUAUCUUCAAAUGUCUUCAAAUAUCUGCUGACAAAACCUCCUGGAUCUGGAAUGUGCAGAUGA